GUAAAAUACAAUAGGAUUUUUUGGAAGUUGAUCAGUUUCGACCGGCGUCGACCUACGAAUUUAGCUUUCUCUCAUUUAGCUGGGAACAUUCACAUACUUCGUUUUUUCUCAUUCUACUUGUAUGGUUAUUCUUUUCUUUUAAUUAAAUGGUCAUUUAAAAUUUAUAAUUCUUUCGUUUAAAUGAAUCUUUGGUAAAAACUGAGUUAGUUUUAUCGUAACCGGUUUGAGGAAGAUCCUCUUUUUAAACACUCUUUCUUUACUAAUUCAUUCACAAUAAUCAAAUUCUAAAAAACAAAGUCAAAGUGCAUGCUUCAAAAAGCAGCAUGGAGUUGAACUUACAUCCCAAGCGUGAGAUUAUGAGCGAUACGAAGAAUGAAGAAGACUUUGAGGAUGUUGCACAUUCCAAGAGGGAUAAAAAUUUUCAUGCGAGUGAUGGUUUUGUUGAAUACUGUACAUUAACAGGUCAUACAAAAGGUGUCACAAGCAUAGCAGUUUCUCCGGAUAAACGCUGGAUCGCAACCGCAUCUGCUGAUGCAACUAUAAAACUUUGGAAUACUUCAACUUUUCGAUUGGAAUGUACAUUAUUUGGUCAUAACAGAGGUAUUUCAGAAAUACGGUGGGCUAGUGGAGGCAGGUACCUUGCUAGUGCAUCGGACGAUAAAACAGUGCGUAUUUGGGACACAGAAACCCGAUCUAGCGUUCGCUGCUUGCAGGGUCAUACUAGUUUUGUCUCUUCAGUCGACUUUAAUCCAAUGGGUACAUUAUUAGUUUCCGGGUCUUGGGAUGAGACAGUGCGAAUAUGGAGUGCACAGGACGGCCGAUGCAUUCGCAUGUUACCAGCACAUUCUGAGCCUAUUAUAUCUGUCUCAAUUUCGCCCGAUGGAACCCUUUGUGCAUCAGCUAGCUAUGAUGGUAUGGCCCGAAUAUGGGAUGUCAUGAGCGGUCAGUGUCUUAAAACGCUUGUGGAGCCAAUAAAUGUUCCUCUGUCAAGUAUAAAAUUUAGUCCUAACGGGCAAUACUUGAUCGUUGCCAACUUAAAUUCACAGAUGCGCCUUUGGGAUUAUCGCAGCAAUCGCGUAGUUCAUUUAUACGAUCACCAUAAAAAUAAUCAUUUCUCUAUGUCUUGGGAUUUCUAUCUAUCUAGGUAUUUCCCCUGGAAUUUGAGCCAUGACGAAGAGUAUCAUAUGAAGACUGAAAUGUCAGCGUAUGAAGACGUUUAUCUUCUUAUUCCAAGUGAAGAUGGUCGCGUUUACAUCACAGACCCUUCUACAAAGGCUGUAGUUGAUAAUUCAAUUCAACACUCUGAUGCGACAAAUGUUUCUCUAUUGCAGGUUACUUCCUUAGGACCGUUCAUUGUGUCUGCAGGGACAGAUCCCUAUGUCAGGGUUUGGGCACCUGAAAAGCUUUUUACGGAGGCAAUUAAUAAGGAAAAAGGAGAAAGAGAUGACAAAGUACAAGAAGAAACGUUGCCUUUACGAUCGGAGAAUCCUGCCCUUUUACCAAUGGAGGAAGACCGAGACCAGGAAGUUAUAACACAAGAUUCCCAAAAAUUUUUAAUAAACCAGGAACAAAAAUCCGGUGAUUCUUCUUCCACUGAAAGCAUACCAGAUCCAAGGAGUAUGGAUGUAUCCUAAAAACUGGAAAUCAAUGUUAAUAUAGAGGGUUUCCAUUAUUUUUACAUAUCAUGACAUUUUCAUUGUAAAUAACGCGCAACUUUAGCAUCUAGAGGGCCAGGGAUUGCAAUAAUAAGAGCUUCCAU